AUGAGUGCAUGCCCCCUUGACUCUCACAUCCGUUUCGGAGGUGAACUUGUGCUCUUCCCUUUGCUGACUUCUGACACUCCGUCGACGACAAAUCGGCGUCCUGGGCCUGAGUCCAACCGGGACAAGGCAGAUGAGUCGAGAGGGUACGGAGCAGCAACCACACACUCAAAAGAGGCCUACUUCCUGAAGAUCGUGUUGACGGAGAGACAAAAGACUCGUCUUUCCUUCACAUGGGUUUUGGCUAACAACGGCAAAAAUCGUGUCUUCCUGAGGCGGAAGAUUUGUCACAAGAACCCCGUUCUUGCGAGAAUCACGAGGCUCCAUUGGGUUAUGCUAUUUAAACCCUACCAGUUGCCCCAUGUCAGAUAA